UUUUUUUGUAGACACUUCAGACUUGAUAAAAAAGAUGUCUGAUGAUUUCAAUAGACACCGUCUAACAGGCCUUUAUGAAAUAAACUAUUUUGCGCAAAAGCAGACCCCACAGCAGGAACAUAAAAAUCAAACCUAUUCCUUGUAUUGUAACUACGAAUAUCACAGACAAAUUGCAAACCUUCCAAUAUAUGUUCAAGAAGAAGAAACUGAAGAUGAAGUCGGACGUACCCGUUAUUCACCUCUUUCUAAUCUAAAUCGCAAUAGACAUUCUUCUAUUUGGUGUAGAUGCGAAUCGAACUCACAACUCUGAUAAUUGUGUCUACAAAAUUUUGUACAUCGUAAAGUGAAAGACCAUCGAUUUCCCGUUACCUAGCCUGUAAUAUAUGAUUUUGUUGCCUGUGUUAUGCUGGUUUUUUCAAAAUAUGUAGUAAAAUUGGUAUGCUGUCCUUCAAAAAACUGCACUGCACUAUCUCUUUGAUUCCAGUGCCGUAUUGACUGAAGACACCGACAGUUUCAUUAUCGGAGAACGUGUUUGGGUAUCUGGAACGAAGCCCGGACAUAUAGCUUACAUCGGUGAGACACAAUUUGCACCUGGAGACUGGGCUGGAAUUGCGCUGGAUGAACCCAUCGGUA